AUGGUUUGCCUUCCUCCUGUCGAUGGAGGUCGAUGGCUGGUAAUGGCUUUCAGUGGCUGUCGUCGGCUUUCAAUGGCUGUCGACGGUUUUCAAUGGCUGUCGAAGGCUUUCAAUGGCUGUCGACGGUUUUCAAUGGCUGUCGAAGGCUUUCAAUGGCUGUCGACGGCUUUCAAUGGCUGUAGAUGGAGGUCAAUGGCUCUCAAUGGCUGUCGAAGGCUGGCAAUGGCUGACCCGUGCCCAAUGUCCCAGCGGAACCUACCAGCAUCAUUCUGGAACAGCCACUACCACGCGGGAAUGUCCGGUUACGCGACGGCGGGCAGUUCUAUGGGACUUACAGGCCACGAGUCCCUGUACCCGGACUACUCCGGCCUGCACGGCCUGCAUCAGAGCGACCCUUGGACCUACAACUUCACCACUGCCGGCCAGUAUCCUCACCACCGCUCCGUUGCCGACUUUACCUACAUGCCAUCGUCUUCAAGGUACCCACACAACUACUCCUCCCUUCUGAUGGGUCGCCCUCGCCUGCCCCAGUGUGUAGUGGGGAAGGCUGACCCCUGGACUGGUGCCCCGCGUCUUCACGACGAAAUGACCUUUGACCCGACCGCAGCUUAUACCCACCAUUUCUCCUCCAUGUCAGGUCUUGAAGGAGCAGGAGCGUCGCAGGAAGGAAGCAAAGACCUCUACUGGUUCUAGUUCGAGCCUCUACCCACCCACUCUACCACGCCCAAACCCGCCCACGUCCCCCCACGCCCACCCACGAAAGCCCGCCCUAUGCUGUCGAGUCCAUGCAAUUAGCGUCGAAGGUGAACCAAUGAGGCAACGAGAAGGACUUUAGAAGAGAAGAAGAGGUGAAGGAGGAGACAUAGGAGGAAGAGGCGGUGAAGAGGUGGAGCAAGAAACGAAAAAGAAAAGGCCGUGUUGAAGGGUUCUUAAGAACAGGUGAAGAUGGCUGCUAUAGCCUUGGCAACUAUUUAACAUUCCUCUCUCACUCUGUUAUUGUGAGAAAAAGAUAAAGAGAAAAAAAGAAACUAUUGUAAAAAAUAAGAUAGUUGGUGAUCAGUACUACGAAAAUGUCGAUCGCUGUCGCCCUGUGCUAGGAAAAUGUCGAUACUGUGGCCCUGUGCUAGGAAAAUGUCGAUACUGCCGCCCUGUGCUAGGAAAAUGUCGAUACUGUGGCCCUGUGCUAGGAAAAUGUCGAUACUGUGUCAACCUGUGCUAGGAAAAUGUCGAUACUGUCGCCCUGUGCAAGGAAAAUGUCGAUACUGUGGCCCUGUGCUAGGGAAAUGUCGAUACUGUCGUCCUGUGCUAGGAAAAUGUCGAUACUGUCGUCCUGUGCUAGGAAAAUGUCGAUACUGUGUCAACCUGUGCUACAAAAAUGUCGAUACUGUCGCCCUGUGCUACAAAAAUGUCGAUACUGUCGCCCUGUGCUAGGAAAAUGUCGAUACUUUCGUCCUGUGCUUGGAAAAUGUCGAUACUGUCGCCCUGUGCUAGGAAAAUGUCGAUGCACGCUUGCAUCAACUCCUGGAAGCCCCUCGGAGCGAACCAUUUAAGAAGCGUGAUCCUUUUAACACGUGUUCUACAUACACCAGAAACGAAACUAAGUGAAACAGACGCUUGAACGAAACAAACUGACACCGAACGCUGGCCAAACAAAAUAUAUUACAGAAACAAGAAAAAAAAACAUAUACUGCAGAUCAACAAAAUAUUUGAAACGUAUUAAAGAUAUGAAAAAUACUUAAAAAAAUAUUGAUUCAGACAUGUAUGGUUUCGUGACAUACGCCAACAGUGAAAAUACGCAAAUAAGCGUACGAAACAAUUUAUAACGGUGAAAAGUGUAGCGAAAUUCAAAUGCUUUGUUGGGAUGAGACUCCGCAUUUGUGUCCAAAAAUACUAGAGGAACUUCCCAAUAUGUUUUCCAUCAAUGGAUUUUUUUUUUAAGGGAAUGGAAGACGGAGGUAUAUACACUGUGAGAUGUAUAUACCCCGCUUCUUGGUGUAUAUACAAAAAAUAUACAAAUUGGUUGGUCGGAAAGGUAGUGUGGAGGCCCUAACUCUCAGAGUUUUUUUUUAGGCCUUAAGUCCAACACCAAACCAAGGAGAAGGCGUAGGUGUAUUGACCAAUAGGAGAAAUCGUCAAGAAAAAAUAUACACCUCUUGUAUAACGUAUAUAUCUGCUGUUAAAACAAAAAACAGUUCCCUCAUGUAUGUUGUAUAUUAUAUAGGUACUGAAAUACUCUAUAGUGUAUGGCUCUUGGCUUUCAGUUGUAUACAGGCUUGUGAUACUCUAAUCUACGCUGCGUAUAGUGUAAAUGUAUGUAUGUAUGUAUGUAUGUAUGUAUGUAUGUAUGUAUGUAUGUAUGUAUGUAUGUAUGUAUGUAUGUAUGUAUGGUGUAUACUGAGUGAGAUGCGGAGUGAUGUAUGCCGUGUAUAGCCAGAUUGAGUGUGUUGUAUGCGACACACACACAUUUGGUUUGUAUGUAAUCAGGUAAAUUCGGGUGAAACACGGAACGUUACCCCUCAAAAAACAGAAGAUUUUGUGUAAACUGUUGACAUGACUUAAUCACUGUUGACAUGACUUAAUCACUGUUGACAUGACUUAAUCACUGUUGACAUGACUUAAUCACUGUUGACAUGACUUAAUCACUGUUGACAUGACUUAAUCACUGUUGACAUGACUUAAUCACUGUUGACAUGACUUAAUCACUGUUGACAUGACUUAAUCACUGUUGACAUGACUUAAUUACUGUUGACAUGACUUAAUCACUGUUGACAUGACUUAAUCACUGUUGACAUGACUUAAUCACUGUUGACAUGACUUAAUCACUGUUGACAUGACUAAAUCACUGUUGACAUGACUUAAUCACUGUUGACAUGACUUAAUCACUGUUGACAUGACUUAAUCACUGUUGACAUGACUUAAUCACUGUUGACA